GCAGGAGCCAGCAGGGCCACCCAUCCAGCCACCUCACAGAGCUGCCCAGUUUUGGAAGAAGGCUCGCCCAGCCUCUGCACGCAGGUUCCCCGUGCACUUGGCAGCUGCAGGCCCACCAUGCCAGCUACGCACAUGCUGCUUCUGGCCUGCCUGGCGUGGGGAACAGGGGCCAGGACGGCCCAGCUCCGGAAGGCCAACGAUCGCAGCGGCCGAUGCCAGUACACCUUCAGUGUGGCCAGCCCCAGUGAGUCCAGCUGCCCCGAGCAGGGCCAGGCCAUGUCAGCCAUCCGGGACCUACAGAGGGACAGCAGCACCCAGCGCGCCGACCUGCAGUCCACCAUAGCUCGGCUCAACUCCCUGGAGAAUCUCCUCAACCAGCUGACCCUGGGCCAGGCUGCUGGGCCCCAGGGGACCCAGGAGGGGCUGCAGGGAGGGCUGGGCACCCUGAGGAAGGAGCGAGACCCGCUGGAGACCCAAACCAGGGAGCUGGAGGUGGCCUACAGCAACCUCCUCCGAGACAAGUCGGCUCUGGAGGACGAGAGGAGGCGACUGGCGCAGGAGAAUGAGGACCUGGCCAGGAGGCUGGAAAGCAGCAGCCAGGAAGUAGCCAGCCUGAGAAGGGGCCGAUGUCCCCAGACCCCAGCCACCCCUCGGGAGGUGCAGCCAGACUCCAGGGAAGCUUCUCAGUGGAACUUGGACACUCUGGCCUUCCAGGAACUGAAGUCGGAGUUAACCAAGGUUCCGGCUUCCCAGAUCUUGGAGAGUCCCUCUGGCCGUCCCAGGAGUGACGAUAACGGCUGUGGAGAACUGGUUUGGGUAGGAGAGCCUGUCACCCUGAGGACCGCAGAAACAAUCACCGGCAAGUAUGGAGUGUGGAUGAGAGACCCCAGGCCGGCCUUCCCGUACACACGGGAGACCACGUGGAGGAUCGACACGGUGGGCACAGACAUCCACCAGGUCUUUGAGUACAGCCUCAUCAGCCAGUUCGUGCAGGGUUACCCCUCCAAGGUGCAUGUGCUGCCCCGGGCGCUGGAGAGCACUGGAGCCGUGGUGUAUGGGGGGAGCCUCUAUUUCCAGGGGGCCAAGUCCAGAACCGUGAUCAGGUACGAGCUGAACACCGAGGCAGUGAAGGCGGAGAAGGACAUCCCGGGGGCCGGCUACCACGGACAGUUCCCAUACUCGUGGGGCGGCUACACAGACAUUGACUUGGCUGUGGAUGAGACGGGCCUGUGGGUCAUCUACAGCACCGAGGAGGCCAAAGGAGCCAUCGUCCUCUCCAAACUGAACCCGGAGAGCCUGGAACUUGAACAGACCUGGGAGACCAACAUCCGUAAGCAGUCAGUCGCCAACGCCUUCAUCAUCUGCGGCACCUUGUACACGGUCAGCAGCUACUCCUCAGCCGAAGCCACUGUCAACUUUGCUUAUGACACGGGCACAGGGGUCAGUAAGACCCUGACCAUCCCAUUCAAGAACCGCUACAAGUACAGCAGCAUGAUCGAUUACAACCCUCUGGAGAGGAAGCUCUUUGCCUGGGACAACUUCAACAUGGUGACCUAUGACAUCAAGCUCUCCAAGAUGUGAGGAGCCCCCAGCCCUACCAGCAAAGGCAGGAGGAGAUAAUGCUCAGGGCUCCAGAGGAGUGUGGGCUGCUGGGACAGCCAUCCAUGCAGAGCCAGCACUUAUCCUGCUCCCUCGAUGCAGGAGACCGCGUGAGCCACCAGGGCAGGCAGGGUAGCCAUCUGAGGGCUGAGACAACUUUGUAGUAGGAUAGAUAUUCUUUUCUUCUGUCAGCUUUUAAAAGGGAUGCUUGUCCAAGAUAGUUCAAGGUUUCUGUAGAUUUGGGGCAAGAGCUCAAAGGCUUGGUAUUUUCUUCAUAAAACCAUUAAUCUUUCAAGUUGCACGGCUCCCUAAGCCAUGAUAAAAGCAGCACUUCUAAAGGAAGAAAAAUAGCCCCGUGGCCUGCACUGAACUUACGCAAGAAGUAUUUACUACCACUGGCUUCUAAUACUUCAGGAAGAAUUCAGUUGUGUAUUCUACAACCCCUUGCCUUGGAAAAUAAAAUGAUCAUAUAUGCCAUCAA